GACUCGGCGCGGGCCAAGAUCGCCGCCAACCUGCAGUGGAUCUGCGCCAAGGCCUAUGGCCGAGAUAACAUCCCCGAGGAUCUCAGAGACCCUUUCUACAUUGACCAGUAUGAACAGGAGCACAUUAAACCACCCGUCAUCAGGCUUCUCCUGUCCAGUGAGCUGUACUGCCGUGUCUGCAGCCUCAUCCUGAAAGGGGACCAGGCGGCCACCUUACAGGGACAUCAGUCAGUCAUCCAGGCCCUGUCCCGGAAAGGGAUCUACGUGAUGGAGGGUGAUGACACCCCUGUGACAGACUCUGACCUCGGCCGUGCGCCCAUCAAGAUGAGUGCCCACAUGGCGAUGGUAGACGCCCUGAUGAUGGCCUACACUGUGGAGAUGAUCAGCAUCGAGAAGGUGGUGGCCAGCGUCAAGCGCUUCUCCACGUUCAGUGCCUCGAAAGAGCUUCCCUACGACCUCGAGGAUGCCAUGGUGUUCUGGAUCAACAAGGUGAAUCUUAAAAUGAGAGAGAUAACAGAGAAAGAAGUUAAAUUAAAGCAGCAGUUACUGGAAAGUCCAGCUCAUCAAAAGUCUCCCUCCAAGUGGUAUUGGAAGUUAGUGCCUGUCCGCUACCGACGAGAGCACCUUUCUGCUAGGCAGUCACCCUACUUCCCGCUGUUGGAGGAUUUGAUGAGAGACGGCAGUGACGGCGCUGCUCUCUUAGCUGUGAUCCACUAUUACUGCCCCGAGCAGAUGAAGCUGGAUGAUAUAUGCUUAAAGGAGGUAACGUCAAUGGCCGACAGUCUGUAUAAUAUUCGGCUUCUGAGAGAAUUCUCCAAUGAAUAUCUUAAUAAGUGUUUUUAUCUCACCUUGGAAGAUAUGCUGUAUGCUCCCUUAGUGUUAAAGCCGAAUGUUAUGGUUUUUAUUGCUGAGCUCUUUUGGUGGUUUGAAAAUGUCAAACCAGAUUUUGUUCAGCCAAGGGAUGUUCAGGAGCUGAAAGAUGCUAAAACAGUGUUACACCAAAAAAGCAGUCGCCCUCCUGUACCUAUCUCCAAUGCAACCAAACGCAGUUUCAUGGGCAGCCCUGCUGCAGUGAGCCCAGCCGACCUGCAGCCACCCGCCCAGCUGCCGGCUGAAGGCUGUCACAGGUACUACCUACACCCCGAAGAAUCUGAAUAUCUUGGGAAAGGAACUUCUGCUUUUAGCCCGUCCCAUCCUCUGUUGCCCCUGAGACAGAAACAGCAAAAAAUGGCAUCGGGAGAGGACAUGCUUGAUCAGCGACAUCGAUCUCAUUCUUUAACCCGUGUCGAUGGUCAGCCACGAGGUGCAGCCCUAGCAUGGCCAGAAAAGAAAACCAGGCCUGUGUCCCAACCGACGCCCUUUGCGCUCCAUCAUGCUGUGAGUUGCGACAUGGAUCCCAGCUCUGGUGACACUGUCAGCUUGGCCCGCUCCAUUAGCAAGGACAGCUUGGCAUCCAACAUCGUGAACCUAACCCCGCAGAACCAGCCACACCCUGCAGUCAUAAAGACCAAUGGGAAGAGCCUUCUGAACAAUGUCAGUAUUGAGGACGAGGAGGAAGAACUUGUGGCCAUAAUUAGAACAGAGAUGGCUCCCCACCGUGGGGACCCGGACGUCCCAAGGGCCUCGCCUCGGGCCUUAGGCCUGAUGGCAGGUGCCAGGUCUCCACAGAGGCAGGUGGACGUCUUAGAAAGCAAGCCUGACAGCUUUUUCUUGGAGCCCUUGAUGCCGGCAGUGCUUAAGCCAGCAAAAGAGAAGCAGAUUAUUACUAAGGAAGAUGAACUCGGAGAAGGGAGACCUAGGAGCAUCACAUCCAAGAGGUCCAGCGAGGGCCACCCACCCUUGGUACGAAAGAAAGUGACCAGCAGUCACAGUGGUCGUGACUUGAAUAGGACUUUCACCCCUAUUCCUUGCUCAGAAUUUCCUACAAGCGUCGACCCCUUGCAGGCAGGGCUGCAGGCAGCAGAGGCUGUAGGAGAAGCUCAUGGUGGGCCUCUGGCCAUUGGUGGAUUCGAUCCGCUAUCUCAGGGGCAGUCUGCUGAUGGCUUCUUCCUUCACGUGGGCAGGGCCGAUGAAGACUCAGAGGGAGGGUUAUAUGUUAGUUGCUCAAAAAGCCCCAACUGCCACGAUUCAGAGCCAUGGACUGUCCUGAGGCAGGAUUCUGACUCUGACAUUGUGGACGUAGAGGAGGCUGGGCAUGACUUUCUUGGCGAGGACCGUCCAGUGGUCAUCACUGCAUGCAUUGGUGAAGAAGAAUCAGCCAAACUGCAGGAGGACAUGAAGGUGAAGGAGCAUGAGGACAAGGAUGAUGCCAGUGGCCGCUCCAGCCCGUGUCUGAGCACAGCCUCUCAGAUCAGCAGUGUCUCCAUGGCGAGCGGAAGUGUGAAGAUGACCAGUUUCGCAGAAAGGAAGCUCCAGAGACUCAACAGCUGCGAGACCAAGUCCAGCAGCAGCAGCUCCCAGAAGACCACGCCAGAUGCGUCAGAGAGCGGCCCAGCGCCUCUGACGACGUGGAGACAAAAGAGAGAGCAGAGCCCGGGCAGGCCUGGCAGAGACCCCGCCAGCCUGCUGGCAUCCGAGCUGGUGCAGCUGCACAUGCAGCUGGAGGAGAAGCGCAGAGCCAUCGAGGCCCAGAAAAAGAAGAUGGAGGCGCUGUCGGCACGGCAGCGCCUGACACUGGGCAAGGCCGCGUUUCUGCAUGUGGUGAAGAAGGGCAAGGCUGGCACCGUUGCUCAGCCACUUAAACCAGAGCACUUUGCACGGGGGUGUUCUCAGCACGAUGGAGAGGGCUUUGAGGAUGGGGCUUCUAAAGCUGAGGAGCUGCUCAUGAGGGGAGAGCAGGAAGGUCUACUCAAUGAAUCUCCAGGUGUGGACAGAGAAGGCCUGGCUUUUGUUCAGCAGCAUAAACCAAAAGACCCUGCUGCUGUACAUGAUAUGGAGAAAAAUAAGGUGAUUUCUGCUGUUCUCCUGGAAGAUAACAUUGGUGAGGUUGUAGAUAUGAAUGAAUGUGACCUUUCCAUUGAGAAACUUAAUGAAACCAUUAGCACACUGCAGCAGGCUAUCUUAAAGAUCUCUCAGCAGCAAGAACAACUUCUUAUGAAAUCUCCUACAGUACAAACUCCAUGUUCUAAAAAUAACACACAGGACCAAAAAGUGAAAGCAUCAAUCCACUUUGUCGAGCCGCUCUCUCCAACCGGAGUGUCUGGUCACCGCAAACCCCCUCGUCUUGGUCAGGGUCGGAAUUCUCGCUCAGGAAGACCAGCUGAGCUGAAGGUCCCAAAAGACAGGCAGCAGGGCUCUUCUCGAAGUAAAACCCCAACACCCAGUAUAGAGACUCUCCCGCAUUUGAGGUCCUUCCCCCCGAGUAACCACGCUCGGACGCCCUCCAGCCCAGGCGUGGAGAAUGCUGCAGACCCUGGCAGUGACCCUCAUGAAAGGUGUCUCUUCGACAGUUACAGGCUCCAUGAUGAAAGCAACCAGCGGACGUUCAUUCUGUCUUCUUCCAAAGAUGCAAACAUCAUAUCAGAACAAAUGAGCUUCCAAGAAGCUCUGGAUACCAGUGGGAGAGAGGCAGGGCUGAGCUCCGCGGAUACCCCAGGAAAAGAGAAUGUCCAUGUGGAAGAACGGCUCCGGAGCAAGGCCAGCCUCACUGAAGUGGACCUUGCAGACCUGAAGGCCUCCGAAGAGGAUGGAGAGAUGGCGAGCCUCGAUGGCUCGACGGAUCUUACCAGUGAAGGGGACCAGAAGCCUGGGGUUGGCUUCUUCUUCAAGGAUGAACAGAAAGCAGAAGAUGAACUCGCCAAGAAGCGGGCGGCCUUCCUCCUGAAGCAGCAGCGCAAGGCCGAGGAGGCGCGCAUGCGGAAGCAGCAGCUGGAGGCCGAAGUUGAGCUCAAGCGGGAUGAAGCCCGGCGCAAAGCUGAAGAAGAUCGGGUACGGAAAGAGGAGGAGAAGGCACGGCGAGAGCUCAUCAAGCAGGAGUACUUGAGAAGGAAGCAGCAGCAGAUGUUAGAAGAGCAAGGCCUCGGCAAGCCUAAAUCCAAGCCCAAGAAGCCACGGCCAAAGUCAGUCCACCGAGAAGAGUCGUGUGGCGACUCAGCAACCAAGUGCUCCUCCACCCCUGAUAACUUGAGCCAGACUCAGUCUGGCUCCAGCCUGUCCUUGGCCUCGGCAGCAACGACAGAGCCUGAGAGCAUUCACUCGGGAGGCACACCUUCUCAGCGGUAAGAGGGCCUGAGAUGACUGCCAGUUGUGGGCCGG